AAGAGUGCGCCUGCGCGGAAGCGCCGCCAUUUUGGCCGUGCUGAUAGUCUGAUGUUGUAAGGAAGGUUGAGCCGAGGCCGAGCAGCGCGUCGCGAAAUGGCCAAUAUCGCAGUGCAGCGAAUUAAACGAGAGUUCAAGGAGGUCUUGAAGAGCGAAGAGACCAGCAAGAAUCAAAUAAAAGUAGAACUCGUAGAUGAAAACUUCACAGAAUUGAGGGGAGAGAUUGCAGGGCCUCCUGACACACCAUAUGAAGGAGGGCGGUAUCAACUAGAAAUUAAAAUUCCAGAAACAUAUCCAUUUAAUCCUCCAAAGGUUCGGUUUAUUACAAAAAUCUGGCAUCCAAAUAUUAGUUCAGUAACAGGAGCCAUUUGUUUGGAUAUCCUGAAAGAUCAAUGGGCAGCUGCUAUGACUUUAAGAACAGUUUUAUUAUCAUUACAAGCCUUACUGGCAGCAGCUGAACCAGAUGACCCACAAGAUGCAGUCGUGGCACAACAGUACAAGCAAAAUCCAGAGAUGUUUAAACAGACGGCUCGACUCUGGGCGCACGUGUAUGCUGGAGCACCGGUUCCUAGCCCCGAGUACACUAGAAAGGUAGACAAACUGUGUGCUAUGGGCUUUGAUAAAAAUGCUGUAAUAGUGGCCUUGUCUUCACAAUCCUGGGACGUGGAGUGUGCAACAGAACGACUGCUCAGUAACUGAGGAAUUUGGAAUCACUUCUAUAGCCCAGAAGCCCUUUCAUUGACAAACACCUCUGCCCUUUGUUCUUUCUGGGUUCUGCAUAGAUUCCAUUUUAAACAUCACUGUAAUAUGUGAUAAUCGCUAUAAACGAGACUGGAUUCGAUGCUCUGUAAAUAAAGCUCUCAAAAGAUCUGUGUAAAUUAAAACAAAGGGGAAACGUGAAAUACUUUUUAAUUUUUUUUCCUACUCUCCAUUGUAAGGAUCCUGAGUUUGAGUUGCAUUCAUCCCUGAAGAUGACAAAUACACCUGCUUUAGUAUAGUUUAUCAAGUGUCCAAGGCUUUCAAUUGCAUCAACUUGUUUUUGAUAAUAAAAACAUGUAAUGUGGCCUGCAUCUUAGAAAAUGGUUGUUUUCUAUUUUUUGAAUGUGUCAUGGCUUAUGUAGCCAUUACUUGUGGUAAUACUUCUGAUCAAAGUUUCUAUUUAGUUUGAUAUUUAGUGAGAGGCUGCUUCACUCUUUAAUCAUGGCAUUAAUGCACAAGUUAAUGUGAUGACAUUUUCAAAUGUUAAGUUUUCAUAGGUAUCAAAUCAAAGGUUGAAGCGUGUGCCUGAUCAUGACUAGAUUACUUGAUUAUCAUCCUAUGGUUACAUUGUUCUCCAAAGGUCUUUGCUAUGACACAAUCAAAAAGCGUUUGACAGGCUAGAUUUUCUUAAAUGAUUGUAGCUGUUAAGUAAUGUAAUCACUAUUUUGAAUUACUUAACAGGUGCUUGAGUAUUCACCCCCUGCUUAUGAUUCACAAUUUCUAUAAUCUACUUUGGAGGCUGUGGUGGCUCUUUCCUUGCUGUAUAUAAUUUAAAGUUCACGUAGAAAUAGAGGUGUGUUAUUGAUCAGAUUGUCUGCACUCUGUCCAGUAUCUCUGAAAAUUCCAAAUAAUGGGAUAUUUCCUGUAUAUACAGCCAAGCUUUCUAUUCGUAUUAAAAUGGUAUUUCAGCCUAAAAGUUUCCACUAACCUUGGGGUCAUUUAAUAUGAUAGUUGAUUUCUCAAAAUUUGAGACGUAUUGAUUUUGCCUUUGCUGAAUUGAACAAAAAGGUGAUUUUUAUUUGUGAUGACAAACAGAUGGACAGUUAUUGGCUGAUAAAAUGUGCCCUUUUGAAAGUAUAAUAUGCAUAUUAGAAACCGUGAUUUCUAAAAUUUCAUAAUUGUGAAUUUUUUAAAGGUAUAUUUGUCUAUAUCUUCAGAAGAGUUUGCUCCUUUGCUGGCGAAUGCUUGUUGGGAAAUAGAACAGGAGUCAAUGUAGCUUUAUAUAUUUAGAAAAUGCCUACAUCUUUUAUUUAACUGAGAUGCAGUUCACCCUUUUAAAGCUUUGUCACCAUGGAACUGUGAUUUAAACGCUUUCAGAUUUCCAUCCUUGGGCUCAAAGUUUGAGAUAAGGAACAGCUUUUCAGCCCAUCAGUUUUGUUCUAUGCAUAGGCUGGUGCAUUGUGACUGACUUAAAUUUAUACUCUAGAAUUGCAACUCCUACUGUGAAAAUCUUGUAUUACAUUUAAACUGCAACCCUUAUAUUGUCCUACAAUUCCGCCCUUGUGCAAAGUCCCACAUGCAGUUCUUAAGCUGCAAUUGACUGCUAAAAGAUUUGUGUAAGCAUCCUGUGGUAAUUCUAUUUUUUCUCUCCUCUCCUUGAAGAGCAGCACCUCUACAAUCUUUACUCAUAACUCAGCCUUGAUUAUGUACUUGCACUGUGGGAAAAAGACAUAUGAACCAAUGACCCUGAUGGGGAGUUAGUUGUUUUUCUUUCUUGAUUUCUUUACAAUAUCUUCACCUAAAUGUGUCAAUUGAUGCUAGUGUAUAGUUCUAUAGGUGGUGGUUCAAAUGGCCAUUUUUCAUGCAAGGCCAGAGUAAGGGGCAUCAUAUUUAGUCAGAUGCUGGGUAGUGAACAGGAGCAGGAAUUGUUGGUUGUGCCUUCCUGAAUAUGAUGGCGCAAUUGGCUGAUUCAUCACAGACUACACACCUGCUUAACUGUAGGUAUCCUAUUUACUCGCUGAGCUAUUGAGGGGAUGACCAAAGAUAAAGUAAAAGUUGCAUGUGUCACUGUAUAGAAACGAGAAAUUUCAGCAACCUAGGUAAGUUAGUCAGAACUCCUCUCUAGCCUUCCUUCAAUAAAUCUGAUUGCUGUUAAAUCUCUUUUGCAAGAUGAUCAAGAUAUCUUAAAUUUUUUACCCUAGCCACAUUCUCAUCUUAUUGUAGUAUUAAAUAUUUUGAAUAGAUAUUUCUAUUCUCAAUAGUAGGGAAGUCUUGCUACAACUGUACAUGACAUUGGUAAGAUUGCAACUGGAGUACUGUGUAGUUUUGGUCACCUUACUUAAGGAGGGAUAUACUUGCAUUGGAGCCACUUCAGAGAAAAGUUCCUUGGGCUGAUUGCUGGGAUGAGGAAAGGUUGGGCUGAAAUUCCUUGGACAUUAGUAGAUUGAAUCAAGAUUCUGAGGGGUCUAUACAGGGGGAUGCUGAGAGGAUAUUUUCUCUUGGGAAGAAGUCUCCCAUUUAAAACUGAGAUGAGGAAUUUCUUCUCUCAAAGGGUCGAUCCAUUAGUCUUUGGAAUUCUCUUCCCCAGCAAGCAGUGGAGGCUGGGUCCUUGAAUAUAUUUAAGGCUGAGAUAGACAGAUUUUUGAUUAACAAGGGAGUCAAGGGUUAUGGUGGACAGGCAAGAAAGUGCUGUUAAGGCCACAAUCAGGUCAGUCAUGAUCCUAUUGAAUAGUGGAGCAUGCUGAAUGGCCAUUCCUCCUAUUUCUUAUGCUCUUGUGAUUGGACUUGCCCCAUCUCCACUUUAUGGCUAAUUUGUAUUAAAAACAUUGAGUAUCA